AUGAAUGAUUUUGUUGCCUGGUUUCAACACAAUGGUGGGGUCUUGGAUACUUCGAUGAUGGCCAUCGCCGAUUUUCCUGGUAGUGGACGUGGUGCAGUCGCACUCCAGGAUAUACCUGAAAACCAUACAAUUUUCACGCUUCCUCGCUCACUAACACUAUCAACUCAGACCUCGACUCUUCCUUCUGCAUUCGGUUUCGACGCAUGGAGAAAGCACAAAUUGCAUAAGGGUUGGGUUGGGCUGAUUCUUUGUAUGAUGUGGGAGGAAGCUCAAGGACACCAAGGAAAAUGGGUUACAUAUCUUGCGUCACUCCCGACGCAAUUCGAUACCCCAAUAUUCUGGAGUAACGAAGAAUUACAAGAGCUACAAGGGACGGCUGUGGUAGACAAGAUAGGCCGGGAUGAGGCUGAGCGUGACUAUCACGAGAAGUUAACUCCGGCGAUCAAGACUCGACCGGACCUUUUUCCCUCCGAUCAAAUCGAUACAUGGUACACACUUCACCGGUAUCAUAUUACAGGCAGCCGAAUUCUAUCUCGAAGCUUCAAUGUAGAGAGAUGGGAAGGCCAAGUUGAGCAGGAUGCUGAACAUAUCACAGAAGAAGACAGUAACGAGGACACCCGGGCCAACACGAGUAUUGGGAGUGCAAUGGAUGUUGAUGAUUCAGGACACGGUGUUGAAGCUAGCAGCGACAGAGAUAGUGAUGAUGAAGAGAUAGAGGAUACAUCAGAUAUUGCAAUGGUGCCUAUGGCUGAUAUUCUGAAUGCUCGAUAUGAUUCUGUUAAUGCUAAACUUUUCUACGAGAAGCACCAUCUUCAAAUGGUCACCACGAAACCCAUCAAAGCUGGAGAACAAAUAUUCAAUACGUAUGGCGACCUGCCCAACUCAGACCUGCUUCGACGCUACGGAUAUGUUGAUCUUAUACCUUGUGCCCAUCUAAAGGGUGCGCUUGGAAAUCCACAGGACAUCGUAGAAGUUCGAGCAGACCUUGUUGUCGACGUUGUUUGUGGUGAUGUAUCUAUUGGCGAGACAUGUCGACAACGGAUCGAAUGGUGGCUCGACGAAGGAGGCGAUGACGUUUUCAUCAUCGACGCGAACCCAAUUCUCCCUGCAGCGCUGAUAUCUUUCAUACGACUUCUACUCCUCACCCAAGAUGAAUGGGAAAAGAUACGAGAAAAAGGGCGUCCCCCGAAAGCCAAGUUUGAUCUUCAAGUCUCUCUAUUAUUACGAAAAACAUUCGAGAUGCGCUUGACUAGUUAUCAAUCAGAUCUUGAAGUCGACGCAAAGCUGCUUGCAUUCGAAUCGCUCACACUCAACAAGAGACACGCUAUUGUAGUGCGACUCGGUGAGAAGCAGAUUCUGGCAGGCGCACUUGAAACCCUGCGCCUCAUGGAUGCGACCUUGAGUGAUGUUGGAUCUAAAGGCAAGAGGCGUGUUGCGAGUGGGACUACGAGUGGAGAAAAAUCAAAAAAGGCCAGGCAUUGA